AAGCAAAGUACCUCACCCACCCAGUGACUAAGAACUCAGAGUAUUUAAGAGGUUCAGGAAUGGGCUGAGAACUGCUUCUGCUUUCUUCUCAGACAGGCACACUCUCCUCUGACUCGGGCCCUCACUGAGCUGCAGAGGGAAGGGAGAAAGCCUCCCAGACUCUCUGCCACCAUGUGCUACGGCAGAUGUGCACGAUGCAUUGGACAUUCCCUGGUGUGGCUGGCCAUCCUCUGCAUUGUUGCUAAUAUCGUGCUUUACUUUCCCAAUGGGGAGACAAAAUAUGCCUCUGAAAACCAUCUCAGCCGCUUCGUGUGGUUCUUUUCCGGCAUCGUGGGAGGGGGCUUGCUGAUGUUCCUGCCGGCAUUUGUGUUCAUCGGGCUGGAAGAGGACGACUGCUGCGGCUGCUGUGGCCACGACAACUGCGGCAAGAGAUGCGCGAUGUUUUCUUCUGUCCUGGCUGCUCUGAUCGGAGUCGCGGGAUCUGGCUACUGUGUCAUUGUGGCAGCCCUGGGCUUGGCGGAAGGACCACAAUGUCUUAAUUCUUCGGGCCAGUGGAACUACACCUUUGCCAACACCGAUGGACAGUACCUUCUGGAUACCUCCACAUGGUCCCAGUGCAUUGAACCCAGACAUGUUGUUGAAUGGAAUGUCUCUCUGUUUUCUAUCCUUUUGGCCCUCGGUGGAAUUGAAUUCAUCUUGUGUCUCAUUCAAGUAAUAAACGGAGUGAUGGGAGGAAUAUGUGGUUAUUGCUGCUCUCGCCAACAGGUAAGAAACUGUGUGAAAAUCGAUAUGACUGCUAAAAGAACCACCCCAAGACAGAACCACAACCUUCCUCUAUUUCAUUGUAAUUUAUAUAUUCUACUGUAUUAAUUUGUAAAACUUUGUACCACUGUAUCAUACUUUACAUAUUCUACUUUUAUAAAUGUGUAUAAAGGCUGGCAUCUUCAUGUGAUGUCAAGCGUAGCAAACAAACCUUUUUUUUAGGACUGUGAAAACAAAUGAGGUCAUUUAUUGACUGAAUGACGGUCGCUUCUCAGUGUAGCUGAGAUGAACUCUGGCCUGAGUAAUGUUUUUUGAGAAGCAUUAUAAGGAUAAAUAUCAUUUUCCCAUUUCUAUUGUAUGUGCAUUGGUUUAUUAAAUGGAAGAUGUCUAGUUACUGUUUCUUUUUAAGACCAUGAAGGAGAAAAUCCAACAACUUGAAAAGAUGUGGUUUUUUUUUUU